UCUCAGCAUUCGGCACCAGACUCGCAUAGAAACGCGCAGCUGCAGUCUUCAGUUUCUCAAGAGUUGGCUAGCUCACUCGUUCGCUCUUUGUUUAUGGGCCGAGCAAGCGAGCUCCUGCGAUGAGAUGCUGGCGCCGCGUACAGUGCAUCCAUGCACGAAGAUUCUCUACUUCGACUUGAUCGCUUGGGUCGGUCAUUCUUCUUUUUGCCGAGAAAACCGCAUUACCACAACCAACACCAUGCAGAUCGCUUUCUUCUCGUCGCACAGCUACGACAUCGAGUCGAUGGAGCGCAUCGCUAAGGAGCAGGACAUUACUCCCAAGCACGAGCUCAAGUUCUUUACCCCGCGUCUGGACGCCACGUCCGCCAAAUUGGCCGAAGGUUGCGAAGGUGUCUGCAUCUUCGUCAACGACGUCGCUGACGAAGCAGCUCUGCGCGUGCUGGCAGCCGGUGGCACCAAGGCCAUGUUCCUGCGUUGCGCCGGUUUCGACAUGAUCGACCUCAAGGUCGCUAAGGAGCUUGGCCUUGCAGUGACUCGUGUGCCUGCCUAUUCCCCAUACGCUGUAGCCGAGCACGCCGCAUCGUUGAUGAUGGCACUCAAUCGCAAGAUUCACCGCUCAUACAACCGCACACGCGAACAAAACUUCCGUCUCGCUGGUUUGUUGGGCUUUGAUAUCAACGGCAAGACCAUCGGUGUUGUCGGCACGGGCAAGAUCGGUGCCCUGUUCGCUCGUAUCGCUGCUGGCUUCGGUGCCAAAGUACUCGGCUACGAUGUGGUGCAGAACCCCGAGGCUCUGAGCUAUGGUGUCGAAUACGUUUCGCUGGACGAGAUGUGGAAGCGCGCUGACAUCAUCUCGCUGCACUGCCCGCUGUUCCCUUCCACCAAACACACGAUCAACGCCGACAGCAUCUCAAAGAUGAAGAAGGGUGUCACGAUUAUUAACACGAGCCGUGGCGGUUUGAUCGACAACAAGGCCCUUGUGGAUGGCCUGAAGAGUGGCAAGGUCGGCGCAGUGGGUCUUGAUGUGUUCGAGGGUGAGGGUGCAUACUUUUACUCGGAUCGCUCGGGUGUUGUCAUCCAAGACGAGACCUUAGCUCGCUUAUUCACGUUCGCGAACGUACUGAUCACGGGUCACCAGGCUUUCUUCACCAAGGAGGCCCUGGACAACAUUGCCCUGACGACUUUCGCUAAUGUGAAGGCGUACGAGGCCAAGAAGACGCUGGUGAACGAGGUCAAGUAAAGCGUAACAUUCUAUUUCGACAGCCUGAUACAUGUCAAUAGUAUCCUAGAUGAACAUGCAGGUUUUCCUUUUACAAAGAAGGGUUGUGUACUGUCUGUCGGCUGGGGUGCUAGCUUGUCAUCGUGUUUAGAUGAAGUCGAACCAGAACGUCGCCGUUGCUGUAGUUAUAUUGAUUGCGACUACAGUGCAAGUGAACUUAUCUGCUGGAGUGGCAAAAUGGCAUGCUUGCUGCUGCUUCUUUAGAAUUUUACUACUACGUAGAAGGCAGAGUACAAACCAUCUCGAAAUAGAGCGUCAGCAACAGCAACACGCAAGCAUGCUACGGAAUGAGCUUCAUCAU